AUGGCGUCCGCAGCUGCUUGUCCCGUCGUUGGCACGACCAACAGCACUCUUCCCCCGUCCCACCCGGACAUUGACCUCUCGAAGCCGGGACAGACCUGUCCAGUAGUCGGUGCCAAGUCCGACCACCACCACAACCUCCACCAGCACCCCUCGGUUCCCCUACCCAAGGACCACCCCGAUGCGAGCCAUGCGGAUGCCCAGAAAUGCCCAGUUCUGAGCAAGACCGUCAGCCAGCCCAAGAGCCAGGCUAUGGACGAUGAGAUCUGCCCCGUGGUCGGAACAGCGACGACGGUACUCCCGCCCGAUCACCCCAGCACCGCAAAGGCGAGCCCGGGUGAUGUAUGCCCUGUAACCAAAGCUACUGUCGGGCACCAUAAGGACAAGGUUUCGCAGCACCCGUCGGUUGACGCUGCCGAGGCUGGUGCUGUAUGCCCAGUCACGGGCCAGAAGGGUGAGAGGCAUUGA